AUGUGGCUCCAAGUGGCCCUCUUUAUCGCUGCGUGCGUGUCGCCCGCAGCGGCUAUUUACCCCGAUGAGGUCAAUCACAUUGAUUUCCACCACGCCCUCAUCGGUACCCCCUCCCCCGACUCGACCUUCUUCCUCAAGCCUUCCUCCGCCUCAAAUGCAUCUCUCCUCUACACAAUCUCCGACAAAUCGAUUUUGGGUGCCAUCAAUCCUCGCGACGGGGCUUUAAUUUGGCGUAAGGAUCUCUCCCAGGCGGGCUCUCCUACCAACGGGGGCGGCAUCCUGCGCGGCUCGGAUGGACAUAAUGCUGUUGUCGGCGCAGCUGGAAAUUACAUCUCAUCUUGGACUGCCCAAGAUGGUAAACUGAUUUGGGAAAACAAGUUCCAAGAUGGAGUGGUUGCGGACGUAGAGCUGCUGGAGCUGGCGGAGGCCAGCGCGACAUCCGGUGCUAGAGAUACACUGGCAUUAGUUGGUAGCGAAAGUGCCGGCAUUGUGAGACGGUUGGAUGGUAACACUGGAGAGACGAAAUGGGAAUCGAAGGACACCAGUGGUGAUGUUGCGUUCCAAGUGUCAUCUUCUCCCACGGAGGUCUUCUACAUUUCGCUCCAGUCAGCUUUGCUGAAGGGUUACAAGCUCAAGGUCACUGCACUGGAUCCCGUGAAUGGCCGCCAAACUCGCCAGUAUGUCUUAAAUUCGGAGAAUGAAAUUGCGACCCCAGAAUCCGUUCUCUUUGUAGGCGCCAAUGUUGCCUCGCCCUUGAUCGUCUGGGCGGAUAAGACAUAUAAGACUUUGAAGGUCAAUGUCAUUGGCACAAAGCAAAUCCAAACAGUCAACAUUGAAAAUACCUCCGGCCAGGAAAUUCGACAGAUUACGGUUCACGCUCCUCAUAAACUGAACUCGCUCUCUCACUUCUUGGUCCACUACGUGACUGAGACCGGUGCAUGGGCUGAAGUUUAUCAUGUGGACUUGCAGACUUCGGCUGUGACCAAGGCGUAUCAAUUGCCCUACCUGCAGGGACAGUCUGCGGUGGCUACUAGCAACAUUGAUGCCAAUGUUUACUUUACCCGCAUUACUGACUCUGAGGCUACCAUUGUUUCUUCCGCAUCGCACGGAAUUUUGGGACGCUGGGAUGUGAAAGCCGCCUCUACUGAACGUGCUCUGCACGCUGUGUCAGAAGUGAUUUCCAAAGGAAAGUCGGUAGCUGUGCGUGCUGUUGUUCUGCGGGAAGCUGGAACCUGGGAGUUGGUUCGUAAUGGUCAAACCGAAUGGACUAGGCACGAAGCCUUGAUUGAUGCUGUGGCUGCAACCUGGGUUGAACAAGAAGUCCAGGAGAACCUGGUUCAUGAGCUAGAAGUUGAGGGACACGAAAGCUUGAUUGGCGCAUACAUCCAUCGGGUGAAGCGCCACAUCCGUGAUAUCCAGCAUCUCCCAGACUGGCUGAAAGAACUCCCUCAGCGUAUUGUGAGCAGCGUGCUGACUGAUGAGGUCACUAACCUUGAUAACUUUGGUGUGGCUAAGCCUGUGAUCGUAGCCACCAAGAGUGGCCGUCUUUAUGCCUUGAACACUGGCAAGCAAGGCGCCGUCGAAUGGAGUGUUCAAGUUGAAAAAACUUCACAAUGGGAUGUGAAGUCUAUUGUGACCCGUCCUGGGGUGGCGACAAUUUAUGCAAGUGACGGAAGCUCUGCAACUGUCAACGUCUCUACCGGUGAAGUGACUUCCCGUACUGCUCCUACAAACGUCAAACUGCAAUCCAUUGUCUCCCUAGAGAAUCAUCCGAUUCUUGGAAUCAAUGAAGAUGGUUCUCCGGCUGCUGUUUUCGACGAUAGCAUCGGGUUUCUCGUGACGACCAGCGCCGAUGGUCGUGUUCUUGGCUGGUCCGGACAGGACAACAAGUCCCCAGUUUGGGAAUUUGUGCCUCCUUCCGGCCAGAAGGUCGUGCAUGCAACAUCUCGUCCUGUGCACGAUCCUAUUGCAUCGAUUGGCAAGGUUCUCGGUAACCGGUCUGUUCUGUACAAAUACCUGAACCCCAAUCUGGCGCUAAUCACCGCUGUGAACGAGAAGGACAACACUGCCGGGUUCUACCUCCUGGACGGUGUGUCCGGCAAGGUGCUAUAUGCCACCACCCAGAACGGUGUUGACCCGACGCAACCUAUUGCGUCAGUCAUAAGUGAGAACUGGUUUGCUUACUCCUUCUUUGGCGAUGAUGUCGAUGAAUCCUCUGCCAAGGGAUAUCAGCUCGUGAUCUCCGAGCUCUACGAAUCACCUGCUGCUAAUGAUCGUGGACCUUUGGACUCGGCUGGAAACUUUUCUAGCCUUCACGGCAACGAUGGUGAUAGCCCCCCAUCACCUCAUGUCGUCGCCCAGGCAUUCGUUAUUCCUGAGCCUAUCUCUCACAUGGCUGUCACCCAGACUCGCCAAGGAAUCACUACCCGCCAGCUCCUCUGCACUCUGCCAGAGUCUAGCUCUAUCGUGGGUAUCCCCCGUCCCGUGCUGGACCCUCGUCGCCCUGUUGACCGAGACCCUACCUCUUCCGAGGCGGAAGAAGGACUUUUCCGUUACGCUCCAUUCCUAGAGUUUGAUGGCAGAUGGUUCCUGACUCACGUCCGUGAUGUUUCGGGCAUCAAGACUGUCCUGUCACGGCCUACUUUACUGGAGAGCACCAGUCUUGUCUUCGCUUUUGGUGGCGAUAUCUACGGAACACGAGCUACUCCUAGCCAAGCCUUCGAUGUUCUUGGCAAGAGCUUCUCUAAAUUGCAGCUUGUUCUGACAGUAGUGGCGUUGUCGAUCGGUGUCACCUUCUUGGCCCCUAUGGUCCGAAAGAAGCAAGUCAAUCAGCUGUGGAAAGCUUAA